AUGACGCUGAUCAAGUCGUGGAAGAAGUUGUUGUCCGAUAAGGACUCGAAGCCGGAAACAGACGCACAGAAAGCCGGCAAUAAUGGCGCCGACACUCAGAAGAAUAACUCGACGAAUGAGUCAAAGACGAAGAGUAAUAGUAAUACAAACAGUGGUAACAGUUCGAAGAGUGGGUCCAAUGGGCCGCCCUUCAGACAGACCUCAUUCCCGGCCGACACCACAAACUCCGUGCGACUCAAGUGUCGGGAACUGUUGGCCAAUGCUCUGAAAUACGAGGACUCGUAUGAUUCGGAUGAGACACUCUUUGAUCCCGAAGACAUCGCCUGCAAAAUUGAGGACCAAAUCUUCAAAGAGUUCAAAGACACUAACCCUAAGUAUAAGACACGGAUCCGGUCGCGAGUCGCCAAUCUUAACGAUAAGAAGAACCCAGACUUGAAGCUCAAUGUAUUGCGCGGAUCCAUCAAACCGGAGAAGAUUGCGGUCAUGACUGCAGAGGAGAUGGCGAGCAAUGAUAUGAAAGAAUUGCGGCAAAAGUUCACGAAAGAAGCCAUUAAUGAUCACCAAAUGGUGAUGACUACCGGCACGAAAACAGAUUUACUCAAAUGUCCCGCUUGUAAGAAGUCUAACUGUACUUACAAUCAGGUACAGACCCGGAGCGCUGACGAGCCGAUGACCACAUUCUGCUUCUGCAAUGAGUGCGGGAAGCGCUGGAAGUUCUGCUAAUUUCAUUGAUUCUAUCGAUUUCCUGAUCAGUUAUUAUUAUUAUUAGUUUAUUAAAUGAGAUUUCCGUAGAAAAAGACAUUUCAGAUCGAAAAACAACA